AUGGCGGCAUUUGCAAGAUUCAGCUUGAUAGCUAUGAACCUUAUCUUUUUGGUAUGUGGACUCGCAAUGUUUGCCUUUGGAUUAUGGAUGGCUGUUGAUGAUGGCUACUUGAACAAGUUUGGAGCUUUACUGAAUGUUAACAAAAAUACUGUGGUGUUUACCGGCAUCAAAAUAUUGUUAGAUUCAGUCCAAGAGGCCAGUUUUGUUUUAAUGGGAUGUGGACUUGGUAUAUUGAUUAUCGCCAUUUUGGGAUUCUGCGGAGCUAUUCGACAAACUGUUUGCAGUCUUCUUCUGGUUGGUAAAAAUUUAUAG